UCACAGCGGAAGUGACGUUGUUAUCCGUUAACUGUAAUCUUGCUCGGAUUGGAGCUUGUUUGGUAUGCAGUAGUGGUUAGCUAAUUGUCUAAAGUUUGUCCGCUCGUUUUCAACCAAUGGACUGUUGUCUUGUGUCUUUGCUGUGGUGGUGCAUACCACUUUAUUUACUUCUUCACUUCGUGUCUUUCAUUUUCGCGGAUGCAGAUUUCACCCUGCUGUGGGCAGCCCUGUUGGGACACAAACCAGAGAACAAGCUGAAGGGGCUGGUGGUGUGGGUUACUGGAGCCUCCAGUGGUAUUGGAGAAGAGCUGGCCUACCAGCUAGCAAAGUGUGGCUCACAUCUCAUCCUGUCUGCACGACGUGAGGAUGAGCUGAAAAGGGUGAAACGUCACUGUUUAGAGUGCUCUGACCUCCAGGAUGAAAAUAUUCUUGUUCUUCCACUUGACUUGACGGAGAGAGCAUCACACGAGGAGAAAACAAAAGCCGCAAUCCGGCACUUUGGACACAUUGAUAUCCUCAUUAACAAUGGCGGCAGAAGCCAGCGCUCCCUGUGCAUGGAGACCAAUAUUGAUGUGUAUCAGGCCUUGAUGGAUAUCAAUUUCCUGGGUACGGUCUCCAUCACGAAGCAGGUGCUGCCUCACAUGGCGCAGCAAGGCACUGGGAGCAUUGUGACUGUCAGCAGUGUCGCAGGCCUCGCUGGGGCGCCCCUGUCUACAGGAUACUGUGCUAGCAAACACGCUCUUCAGGGUUUCUUUAAUGCCCUUCGAGCUGAGCUGGCUGAAUUCCCAAACAUACUCAUCAGUACAGUGUGUCCAGGGCCUGUGCAAUCACAGAUUAUCCAAAAUGCUUUCACAGAGGACGUAAACAAGCCCAUGGCCACAGUUGGCAACCAGGAAUAUAAGAUGCCAACAAGUCGCUGUGUGCGUUUAAUGCUGGUUGGAAUUGCCAACAAUAUCAAGGAAAUGUGGAUUGCACAGCAGCCCUUCCUCCUGUUUUACUACGUUUGGCAGUACACUCCCACAUUUGCCUGGUUCAUCACAAACAUGAUGGGCCGAAAAAGGAUACAGAAUUUCAAAGCUGGUCUGGAUGUAGACUCUGCAUACUUCACAAAGUCCAAGACCUCCUGAAAGUCACAUCUUCAAGAGGAAAUGUGUUUGUGUUCUUAAUGUUCAACCUGGAAACCAGUGUGGGUCUUCCUGUAAAAUUGUGGAAUCUUUGGGGGUACAUUUGGAAUUAAGCACUUGUACCAACCUUAAAUUACCCAAUAAAAGUUUUGUGUCAA